GUCGUCUGCUUGAAUAAAGCGCAUGCGCUAAUGGUAUGGCCAUUGUCAGUCUGGUUUCGAACCUGAUUGUCAGCCAGUUGUGAGUCAAAGACUAGUAUAUCAGCACCUCUUUAGAGUGAGGGUAUUCAGCUCGGGAAAAGUGAAUACCUAAUAUGCUUGAUCCAUCAUCCAGUGAAGAAGAAUCAGAAAAUGAGACUAUCGAAGAUGAAAAUUCUGAUGUUCUUAGUGUACCUAGUGCUGAACGGAGUUUGUCAGCAAGCGGGGAUAACCUGAGUGUGCAGAGUAGUCGACCUAAUACCAGUCAAGCAAGGCCGUCUAGCCCUAGUCCAUCACUAAUAAGUGAGAGGGAAAAAAGUGAAGAUGCCGAUAAAAAUGAUGCAAAAUCUGAAGAAGAAAGGAAAAGGCGAUUGCAGCUUUAUGUCUUUGUCAUGCGGUGUAUUGCUUACCCGUUUAAUGCCAAGCAGCCGACAGAUAUGGCCAGGCGACAAACCAAAAUCACUAAACAACAGCUGCAGACUAUCAAGGAUAGAUUCAGCGCCUUUUUGAAUGGAGAAACUAAUAUAGUGGCUGACGAAGCCUUCACGAAUGCUGUACAAAGUUAUUAUGAAGUAUUCGUUAAAAGUGAUCGUGUGUUAGCAAUGGUCAAAAGCGGAGGGUCAUCUGCUAACGAUUUCAGAGAGGUUUUUAAGAAUAAUAUUGAAAAACGGGUGAGGAGUUUACCGGAGAUAGAUGGUCUCAGUAAAGAAACUGUCCUUAGUUCCUGGAUGACCAAGUAUGAUGCGAUAUUUCGAGGUGAAGAAGAUCCUCGAAAACAUCCCCAGAGAGGGACCACUGCUGCUUCUGAACUGAUUCUUAGCAAAGAGCAACUUUAUGAUAUGUUCCAGAAUAUAUUAACUGUUAAGAAAUACGAGCAUCAAAUAUUAUACAAUGCAUGUCAGGUGAGUAAAUCUCUUUCUGCUAUAGAAACAAUAAUUACUAUUUUUCCAUUGUUUAUUUUUCUAUCAAGUGAUUUCUUUAGUUUACCUGACAUUUUCAGAUGAAAUUCUUUUUUUUUU